ACAAUUUCAGUAUAUCAAGCCAUUAGAAACUUAGGUUUUUUUCUGGCUUAAAAAUGAGUAGUAGUUAUACUUAACUUUCUAAUUGGUAUAUUAGAUUUUGAGGGUUUUUAUGGUUGUGGUUGUAUGCUAUUUGAGAGUUAUAGCUAUUGUUUCUUUCUGAAUAGUGGGUAAAAAAUUAUCAUUUUAUCUAAAUGGUAUAUCAGGUUUUUUAUAUAUUUUUGAUUGUCAUUAUAUACAAUUUGAGUGCUUAUAACUAUUGUUUGCUUCUAAAUAAUUACGAAGAGUGAAAAAAAACUGAUCAUUUUAAAUUGACAUCCCAUACAUAUUACCUAUAAACAAUAGCACGCUAUUUAAUGAGUCUCAGGCUUCUGUUCAAUCUGCAUUAGAUAUAAUAUCAUUGUUUAGCUUGCUACCUUCAUCCACUUCUCAGGCUCCUAUCCAAUCUGUAAUACUGAUUGUCUAUAUUUCUCUACAAUAUCAUUGUUUAGUUUGCUACCUUCAUCCACUUCUCAAAAGAAAUUCUUAGGACAGUCAUUCAAAGAGCUAGUUAUGGCUCCCCAUGUUGUAGUAAUCCCAUAUCCAGUUCAGGGACACAUAAAUCCUCUGAUAAGACUCUCAGAGAAGCUAGCUUCUCAAGGCAUUAUUAUAACCUUCGUCAAUACAGACUUCAACCACUCCAGAAUGAUGAAAGCUAGGAACGCUCGCCAUGGAAUGUUAGAGGACCCAUCUUUUAACAUUCGUUUUGUAAAAGUUUCAGAUGGUUUGCCAUUUGAUUUCAAGCGAACAUCCUUUUCAAAGGGAGCCUUCGAUGCGCUUAUGACCACCAUGAGAGCUUCUACAGAAGAUCUUCUUCAAAAACUCCUAACACAGAGCUGUGAACCUCCAGUUUCGUGUGUUAUUGGCAGCUCAUUUCUUCCAUGGACUUUUGAUGUUGCUAAGAAGUUUGGGCUUCCAUUUGUGCCCUUCUGGUCACAGGCAGUGAGCGUUCAUGUCAUCUAUAGAUAUUUGUCAAUGAUUAUUGACAAUGGAGACUUUCCACCCAAGAAGCAAGGCAUGAUAGAUUACAUUCCAGGCCUUCCUCCAAUGCAGCCGGAAGAUCUCCCAUCAGAUAUUCAAUCAGGAGAUCCGUCAAAUAUCAUACAUCAGCUUGUUGUGCAACAGCUCCCUGCACUGAAAGAAGCUACCUGGAUUAUUAGCAACACAGUCUAUGAACUAGAAAGCCAAGCAAGCGAUGCCCUAAAAGAAUUAUCUCCUCUUUUUGGCUCGAUUGGUCCCUUAAUACCCUCAAUUUACCUUGAAGGCGAAGGUAAACCACAGGAUUUCUCCAUAGUAAGUCCCAGAUCAUUAAGCCUGUGGGCAGAAUCUAAUUGUUUACCAUGGCUGGAUUCGAAGCCCGAACGUUCUGUUUUGUAUGUUUCCUUUGGAAGCUUAGCUCAAAUCUCCAAAGUUCAAGUACACGAGAUAGCUAUAGGACUGAUGGAAAGCGAGCAGGCAUUUCUAUGGGUAAACCGUCCAGACUUGGUGAGCUCAGAGGCAGAAACAACAACAUCAACAACAGACUAUAACUAUGAUGACAUUCUUCCUGAGGGUUUUUUGGAGAAAACCAAAGAUAGAGGACUUUUGGUUCCAUGGUCUCCACAGAUUCUUGUUUUAUCACAUCCUUCUGUUGGAGGAUUCUUCACUCAUGGGGGGUGGAAUUCAACUGUGGAGAGCCUAAGUUUGGGUGUUCCAAUGUUGGUUUUCCCACAGGGAGUGGAGCAGAGCACCAACAGAAUGCUGGUUGUAAACCAGUGGAAAAUUGGGUUGAGGUUAGAUAGUUGUAGAGAUGAUGCUAUAAUUGAGGGAGCUGAGAUUGCCAGGUGUGUGAGAGCUUUGCUGAAAGAUGAAGAGAUGAGGAAGAGGAGUAGUGAAGUGAGAGAGACAAUAAUGAAAGCAGUGGGUGAAGGAGGAUCAUCUUGGAAGAAUACGAAAGAUUUUGUGGAUUAUUUGGUGUUAUUGCCAACAAAGAAAAUGGAUUUGUCUCUUGAAAGUGGCCUAAAUUGACAAGUUGACAAGGUGGAAUGAUAAGUUUAAGGUGUGCUCUUUUCUAUUUAUCUUGUUGUUUCUCUUUAUGUCUGUAUUUAAAUAUUAUAUUUUUCAAUAGUUAAAGUAAUAGUACGUCUUAUUUUUA